AUGCAAACGGAUACAGCAACAAAAUUUGAAAAAAUUGCGAAUGAAUUUCUUCUAUUGGUUAGAAGAUGCAUUCGACAUUAUUACAAGCCAGAUAUCAAUGAGGGUUAUCAAAAAUAUGAUAAAAGAGAAUUGCAAUUAAUGGAUGAAUUUUUCAAGAUAAAAUCUGAAGUAAAUGCAUUAUUGCGUAAUACUAUUGAUAUGAAAAUUAUUGCUGAAAAAUUAUGUCGAAUAAUUGAUCUCGGGGAAGAGUAUAUUAAUGAAAUGGAGGAAGAAAAUAAAAUUCCAAACUGCUUAUUAUUACGAAAUAUCGCCACUUAUAUAAUUCCAUUAUUGAAAGCAUUUGGUACUACACCUAAAGAUAUCGACGAUAUUUUCUCCAUUGAUUUUGGUGAGACUAAAAUUUCCGGUACUUCGCCAAGCACUUCCGCCCACGAACUUAUCAUGCCUUAUGUUAGCGCGUUAACUGUUUUCCGAGAAACCAUUUCGGAAUUAGCACAGCAGCGUAAUUUUAACGAUAUCAUAAAGGAAUGUGAUCGUAUACGGGAUAAAGUACUUCCGGAAUUGGGCAUUCUCCUCAAUGAAGCAAAUCCUAAAAAGUCUGCAUUAAAAAAAUUGAGUAUGUCUGCUGAAGCUAUUACAAAUAAGGUAUAUAUAUUAUUAUGUUUCUUUUAUGCUAAAUUCAUGCGAAUUCAUUGCACAAAUGAAAUUGGAGAAGUUCAAACUUAA